CACUGCAUAUAGGUGAGGAAAAAGCGAAAAAGUGAGGAACUCUGAGUCUGAGCUGAGCCUUGCCUUAGCCUCUCUGAGAACAGGUCAGUCAGUCACACACAGUUUACCCCAGUGAAGAGUAUAAGAGGCUCCAAAGAGAGAUUGUUUGCUGCUACCGUUGAGACAAUUGAGAAUCACGAGAUAGUGGUGGCUGGUCCUCUCCUGGGUCCUUGUUGGCCGCCUGGGCUGUGUGUGUGUGGGGGGUGUGCGUGUGCGAACAAGAGUGUGAAAUCUGUAAAUGCAAUUGUAGAAAAAAAAAGAAAAGCUUGUAUUGGUUUAUAACUAAGUGGUGGAUGAAGACAAAAAAAAAAAGAGAGUGCAGUGGUUGUAGCAGUGUUUGUACAGCAGCAAGUUGAUUUGACACUAUAGCCAAACCAAAAGUGAGAGAGAGCCGAGGGCGAGGUUAUAACACAGCAAUAGCAGCAGCAUACAAAGCACAGCAACGACAACGACGACGAAGACGGUGACACGACGGAGGUGGUGGCCCAUAGGAAUAGACACGCGGCCGGCAGCUGCAGAGUUAGCUGCUGCCGCAGCAGCGCAGCGCACCGCUUAAAAUGGCCGAUGACGAUCCGGGGCUGCUCAAGGAGGACGGCUUCCUGAACGUCGGCGCCGAGUGCAAGCAGAUUGUCUAUCACCCGAAUCUCAACGUCCUCCUCGUAACAACCGCCAGUGGCCAGGUGCAUGUCUACGACGUCAAUUGCGGUGGUGCCCUCCAGACUUGCGCCCUCUCUGGUAAAUUAGAUGGUAAAUUGCAAGGUGUUUAUCUUGGAGAGGAAGUAGAUAAAAUAUUGUACACAGAUGGCAAGAGCAUUGGCGUUAGAAGCGAUUACAAUGGAGUUUUGCUUUUGGAUACCAUCCUCCAGAUGCCUGUCUUCAGAAGCGAAGACACGAUUAAAUUGGAAAUGUUGUUAUCGGAAGCCAUACUGUUGCAGCAUUGUCUGAAAUCAGUUGAGCUCCAGGGAGUCGAUCAUGUAACAGAAGUACAACAGGAAUUGACUAAUACCAUUAAUGCGGCCAAACAAAAGAAACUGAAAGGAGUUAAAGCUCAGAAAUGGAAUACGAUAUGUUUAGAAUUACCACAUGCAGCUCUAAAGCUUGUUUGUUCAAAUUUAGUAUUGGAUUUGAAAAAGCAGAACAAACAUAUACCUGCAUUACCUAUAGCUUCUACAAUCAGCGAACGACUUAAUGGCCUACUCCCUGGUCUUGUUAUAGAGGCUGGAAGCACUGACAAAGUUUUAAUGUUUAGCGAGGCAGCUCGCCGAGAUACGUUUUCCAAAUGGCCCCACAUGAAUUAUAAAUGGGCGUUACCCAACCAAAUGGCUCAGGCCGGCUUCUAUCAUCAGCCAAAUUCGACAGGCGAAGAUCGUGCGAUGUGUUUCACGUGCAGUGUCUGCCUCGUAUGUUGGGAACCAACGGAUGAACCUUGGUCUGAACACGAGAGGCAUUCACCAACCUGCCCGUUCGUCAAAGGCGAGUAUACGCAAAAUGUGCCGCUCUCGGUUACCCUAGCCACGGCACCUGCUCAAUCUGUUGGCGAACCCAUCGAUGUAAUUGGUGCGACAAAUAUCUCUGGUCUCGCGGCCGUUGCUUCGCAAACUGGUUUCGUCAGUGUUUUGAACGUUGCCAACCAAUUGAAGAAAGAAGUGUCCUUCUACAUAAACACGUGCAUUGCGGACAACAACAAGGACGUUUUCUCGUUCGCUGCUUCGAAGACAGCUUUUUCCUCCACUUCGACCUACCUGCCGAGUCUCACGUCAGAGGCGGAUGGACUGACCGACGUGUACAAGCCUACCUCAGGGAUGCACAGUGCCGGCAAGCUCCAAACCACAGCGGUGGCCCUCAUUGAUGGACCCAAGAAUCGAAGUGAGAGCACAGCGAACGCUAGUGUCGUCGUGCGAAGCAGCAGUAGCAGUUCUUCCGCUUCCCAAGAUACAGUCAGUUUAGGUUCAACGAGGCCCUGCUUGGCUUGCGGCGUCACCGUUAGUCCAGGCUCCGGAAUUAUCAACCCGAGUCCAUCUGCACCCUCUACGCAGUCGUUGCAUGGCCUCGAAAACGUGUGGACGGCAUCGUCGGACUUGGCAUCCGCGUCGCCGCUCGUGCGAGCGAUGAACAGCGCAAACAGUGCAGCAAGCAGCAGCAACAGCCUUGAUAUCAUGAAAGUGGCUACGACGGUCGAUGCCUACUGUGACCCAGCCGCAACCAACACGACCAGGCAGGCGCACUAUCUUGUGCUCUUUGAUUUCCACCAUAAGACCGCACAGCCGCAACCGAACAAGAAGGACAGUACAAAGGAUAAUAGUAAGAGCAAAAAGCAGUUGUCGGGUACUGGCACCAGUGCGAGCUCGAACGGCAUCAGACAAGAGAAUCCAUACCAGGAGAUGCUGCUCAGCAAGUUUCUGCUCGAAGAGAUCAACGAGGACGUGGACUCGGAGAUGGUCGGCGCCACGCAUUUUGACAGCGUGUAUGGCGCGUCGCCUGUCAUUCUAACGGCUGCACCCACGGGCAAUGGUAUUUAUUAUGGCAUAAAUGCGUCCACGCCAACCUCGAGUACCUUUGAUUCGAAUUCGAAUCCAAUUUACCCGUAUGUGUCCGAGCCGUACGCUUCCACGUCAAAGAUGACUCAGCUCAGAAAGACGCUAGACACAAUCAAGACGGCCAAGGCAGAGCCCGUUGUCGUGCAAACUUUGCUAGUCGAAGCCGAGGAUUCACUGACCAUUACCAAUAUUGUCCCGACAAAGGACGGAAAGCAUGUGUUUGUGGUUCUUUGUCCACCUAUCGGCAACUUGAGUAUCACCGAUUCUUUCUCGAACACGAACCAAAUGGAUGUGGACGACGACUCAUUAUCGAAGAACAGCUACAUGUACUGGGAUCAGUCCAAGCCGCUGAUUAACGGCGAGACACCUAACGAUGCCGUUUUCAAUCCAAACGCCGUUCUAAUCGUGUACGCGCUGGAUUUCACUGGCAAGGUGGUGAAGUUAAAGCCAGAGCCGAUUCUCAAACGCGAGUUGCCUCCUGAUCAAGCGCCCAUUGGUGAAUGCGUUUUGUUGCCGAUUCACGAGAAAAGCAAACUUUCCGAUGGCAUGGGCUCAACGAGUAACCUUGUUGUACCCCAAGGACAAGUGGCCUUAGUUUGUAGAGACGGUGUUGUCAGGCUGCUGGAGCUCAAUAGUCUCAAAACUGUUCGAGAAGCCAAGCUCCACGGUAAAAAAUUCAUCUCAGCUGCGUACUGUAACCGAAUGGAAAGGUUGUGUGCCUGCACCAAUGAGGGAGCGCUUCAUUUCUUCAUCAUGACGACGGAGGAUGAUUCUACAGAAGAGAAGGAUGUAGAUGCUCAAAUGAUCACUGAUGCCAUUUGCGAUGAGAGCGAACUAGCAGCUCCCAGCACGUCGACGUCCCCACCUGUGAAUCAAGAGCAAAUAUUGGCGUACAAACAAAACCUUGGUUACUCAGAUUUGCGGAUCCUGUACGAUUUGACAAGAUUUGACAGACACUCGCCGGCCUACUGUGCUGUCGUGCCACCUUGUUGGAGCGAAAUGAUGCAAGCUCAGCGUCAGCGUCGCUAUCCUCAGCAUCUCCAUCAGUGUGAAGAUCAGCACCAUACGCGCACCUGGCGACUCCAAAAUGACGCGACCACGUAUGACGAGCAUGUCUUCGAACUCACGCUGCCACGAAACGUCGCAGGAAACGUAGGUCACGUUGAUGUGAGAUUUAGCUUGCACUUCCCGUGCCUCGAGGUUCCAAACAUACAGGUUACGCUUUUAAAACAGAAUAUGACGGGAAUCGGUAAAAAGUCGCUUACGAUCCCGGUAGAUGAAAAAAUAGAAUUUAGGAUGAAUCGUGACCAGAAAAACGAGAAUCCCGUCAUAACUGAGGAAUAUCAGAGGCAACAUAGUGCGGAAGUUUUGUGUGGCCCCAUCAGUUUGCAGCGAAAUAUAGAUCUGUCGGAUCACUCGGGCUGCGUGACUCUUACUAGCCCCAAGCUGUUUCGAACUAAGGCCAAAACUCUUUUGGUUCACCUUAAGGCUUUGUCAAACGAAUCUGCAAGAGAAGGGUCAUCAAAAUCUAAAGCCAACGCAGAAUCUAAACCCUCGACUUCAAAAAAACUGAGGAUAGACGAAGCUGGUCCACUUCCUCCUGGUGCUACAUUAGAAAGACUUGCUACAAACGCAGCCAAAAAAAUUGAUUGUUACAAUGGUUGCGAUUGGAUCCAUGAAAUUUCGAUUACCGUGAGGUCUGUGCACCCGACAGCUAUUCCAAAUGAUAAAUUGCAAAGGUGUGCAAUGCUCGAAUCGACGGCUUUCAUGGAAAAUUUAUUGAGUAUAGCCUGCUUAGAGUCUUCAAAUAAGUCACCUGUGAUUCAGUCUCUAGCUUUGGAUAUUUUAAUUUGGGUAGCUGCAAUACGAUUGACAAGAUUACGAAGUGUACUCAACUGCAAAAAAACAAAAGCAAUGCAAGUAGAGACUGUUCGUUGCAUACAAGAAAAAUUAACUCCAUUGCUGCAAACUUGUUUGCUUCAUGCUGGUCGGAGCAUAGCGCACAAAUGCGUGAAGCUCAUCAUGACUUGUGUCGAGGGUAUUCACAAUAUGGAGGAUUCGUUGUCUCAAACGUUCGAAGAAACUGUGUUGUCUGUACUAGCUAAUUUGUUGCCACACGUUGUAAGCGUCCAAUGGGCUGGCUCACUGAGAUGGCUUGCCAUACUCAUUACAAGGUUUUUGCCGUUAGAUAAAAAUCACACUGUAGCUCAACAAUGUAUUAAUCUCAUCCAAGACAUCUCUUCUGAAAUGUCAAAGCGCGUUAAUCCUUACCAUUUAUUGCUGGCGACAAGAUUUGGAUUAUACCAUUCGCCGUUUGAAACUGAGUUAUUCGACAUGGAUCCACCCGUGACCGCAAAGUCUAGUUCAGUACCACUAAAUAACACCUACUCUUCUGUUACACCCGGUGAUCAGCCCAGCACUGGUUUGACAUCAUCAAGCUUAUCAUAUUCUCAAGAUCCGAUUGACUUACGGGAUUUGCUGUCCCUGCCUACACAUUCGGUUAAUGACUUGGUUGUGCCGAGCAAAUUGAAAGCACUUAGUGCCAACUGUAGCAUGAAGGGUCUUCUUGAGGUUGAGCCUUUGCAUUUUACUUGUCAUGCGGCUUCUGAUGGUACGAAAAUGGAAAAAAUUGACUCAAAUGUCAAUGCUGUUACCAUUGGAGGUCCACUUUUCGAUCCACCACCUGGUUUAAACGUUAUUUCAAAUUUCAAAGUGCAUCACAAUGCCUUGAACUUUGAAAUCGGAUCUGAAUCUAACUCUGAUUACAAAAGCAAGAUUACCAAAAUGAGUGACAUAUUAUUCCAUUAUACCUCAAAGAAAAAACCCAAUUACAGCGUGAUGGUGAAAAAAGUGGCUGAAGAUUUUGAAAAACCAAGUGAUUGUGAAUAUUACGAUAGUGACGAUAUGCAAGUGCCGACGCUUAUCUGGAGUGCGUAUAACGACAAGCCAUCCGUGAUUUCUUUGUCCAAGUCAAAGGAAAAGCCUGUGAGUUCGUCGGCCCCGGCUCCAGUGUUGCACAUGCCCAGUACAACUAACAAGUUCGACGAGAGCUCUACCAAAAAGAGAGACGACGUAACUUUCCCGUGGAACAGGUUAUUGUACUGGCCACCUCAGCAAGCAUUGGUUGUUGAAAGAAUGCACUCAGGAGCCAGGAGAUUUGUGAUCCUAGAUUUUGGAUCUCCUAUUCUUUUGACCGAUUUGAUGAUACCCGCGUGCAGUGAUUUGAUCUCACUUUCCAUUGAUAUUUGGACAAAAAGCGAAGAAACUGAUGGUAUUCGACUAGUUGUUGCCGGUGAUAUUGUCAGCAAGCCUCUAGUGGUCAGUGAUCUUCAACCACCACCGAUUUGUAGAUACCUCAAGAUAACAACUAUUGGUCGAUACGGCAUGUCAACAACCCGUUGCAAGAUCCCACUAGGAAUGUUUUACGGCCACAUGGUUGUUUUAUCUGGAGAAGAUUAUUCAGAACUAACAGCAUCCGAAACCGAUGUCAGUAACAUCGCUGAUCCAGUUAUGCAAAGUAGUAUUGAAUUACAAUGCAGCAUCUUGUCGGCCCUUGCCGAAGAUGUUCAGUGCAGGUUUACUUUAGCAACAGAACGUCUAAAGAGUUACCUCGAUCCGUUAUUGUCCACGGAAACUCCCAAUGUAGUACACAUGCAGCACUACUUGAACCUUGCGAAAAAUCCAAGCGAAAGCAAAGAACAGCCUUCAGCAAAGAUAUUGUCUACAUAUCAAGAAUGUAUAAUGUAUCAACACCAACUGAACAUAAUCCGGGGAGUGUGGCAAAGACUAGAAUCUUGGAAAAGCUCAGAAAGUACAGCUCUAACCACACUAGCUAACGCUUCGAGUGAUAAAUUACGUAUUCUUGGAGAAACUCUUCUAGACCUUUUACUGUACACUGUUUACGACAUUGGUCCUGUUCCCAUCGUACCAACAACAAUAUACGAAGCCUUUACACCAGCAGUGUGCGAAAAAUUAUUUAGUUCCAUUUGCGUGACGACCCCGGCAUUCCAUUUGCAACUCUAUGUCGUGGCAUUGUUGGCUAGAAUGGCUGGACAUCAACCGUGGUGGGGAAAUUUCCUCGCCAACACUUUGAUGAACCUUUACUCUGCAUCUUCAACCCACAUUUUUCCUCAGGACAGGGUAUUCAUUUUGCUAACAUUCCUUGGACGCAAGACCUUGACUACUGCAGCCAAUAAAUUGUCAGUAGUGGAUGCAAUGGUUCGGACGCUUGGAAGACUACUUGCGCCUCUGUCCGCUGGUCAGACGGACAAUUCGAGUAGACUUGACACAACCCUGAUUGGCUGGGUCCUUCUCUUUUUGUCCGUAUGCCUGGAUACCGUUUCCGCUCAUCCCUCCUCUCUUGAUGAGAAUCACGAUAAAAAUAAAGAACAAGGAUUCUCGUCUCGUUGGGAAUUCAUUCAGGGUGAACUGGCAAUGCAGAAAAAAUUCUUAAACUCCAAUCGAUCCUCGGCAACUCAUAAUUAUCGCAAGAAACUCCAGAAACGCCUCAUGCAUCACAAACAGCAGUUACAGGACUUAGAACAGGCAAAGAAAGCUUUUCACACGUCGUCACAGUAUGUGCCCAAGUCACAUGCACUUUUGUUGACCCCACAGGUUUCGACUUUUUCAACCAAACUAGAGCAAGCAUUAAAAUCCCAAGAACGUUUUUACAAGAAAACUUUGAAACAGCAGUCAGCCAAACAUUUCAAAGACUUAUUUUCCAUGAGAAGAAGUGAGCAGUACGGCCAUAAUCGAGGAAAUUACCGUUCUCAGCCUCAACCUAGUACCAGUCAAGCAGAUCCAUCAGAUCCUGAUGAUUUUUCCACAAACCUGUUGCAUCAGCAUGUAUUACCUGUAGCUCGAGGUCUGAUUACACUACUGCUGAACAAUGUCUCCAAUGUUGAUAUGUUUUUAUUGGCAUGCAAAGUAGUGGCGAGACUCGUAGUAUCCACCCGACCAGCCAUCAGUUUGGGUGAACUUAUGACCGAGGAUCAACUUUUGAAGCUAGUUAGGUUAGCUACUGGGACAUCCGACACUGCCUGGUUAUCUCACGCAGUCUCUUGUCUCUUGCAAGACUUACUUGAAGGUGAAAAAUUGUACCCUCGAAACGUUAACUCCAACGAAACAAGCGUGGUUGAAGAAACCUUCGAGCCGAUACCUACCGAGGAAGCCAGAGUAGUUGAAGAUGAUGUAGCCGCAGUUGCAGGAACCAGCGCAUCCAGUGCUUUUGGAAAUGACGAAGGCUUUGCCGAUGGCGACGAGGAUACUCAGGACAGCAUCAUCGUAGCUCCGACCAAUUCUUCGUCAUCCAAAAGCAGUGGCUUCAAUUUGCCGUCUCUGCUUGAAUCUGACGAUAGUGAAUUUGAAGAAUUCUUGGAUAAUAUCCUCGAACGUGGAAAAACUAUUCUUAAAAAAGGCAGCUCUUCAUCGAAGCUCCCAACGAUCAUGGGCUCAGGGUAUGCAUUCAUAUCGCUCAUCAUCUCCCAAGCUAUCGAUGCAAGGUUGGAAUACGGAGUGGAAACAGGAGUUGAAAUAGCCCUUCGUAGACUUUCUGCUCUUGGCACUUACAAUCUUCCUCUUGGUAUAAAUGCUUCGAUCUGUCCAUCGUCUGAUGCCAGAAAUCCACAGGCCUACACAUCUAGGAUGUCUACUUAUUCCGAUCGCAACCAGGAAUCGUGGAACUUGUCCGAUCCUCCCUUUACUAGUUUGUACAUGUUAACUAGGUGUUUCGACAAAAUUUUCACCGAAUUGUAUAUGCAGAGUUCUGGCACAAACGUAGAACUGGUUUUACAGCUGUGGCUAACAUUAAAUCUCGAUGCGUCAUUGGAAUCUUCAUCAGUGACAGUAGCAGCAGCGUCAAAUUUCGAUCCUUCUUUGACUCCAGUGAUCCCACUGAAUUCUUCAGCCAUCACUGGACUGAUAUCUGCAUUUUCCUGGUAUCCAGGAGUAUCUUUGCGAGCUUGGUGUUAUGCUUUGCAGUGCUUAACACUUGCUAGUAAUCAGCCUCUGCAAACAGAACAAGUCGAAGCCGCGAGUUGUAGUACGCCACUCGAUGGUUUGCUGGGUGGUAUGGCAAGUUGCAUAGUCAAAGAACGAAACAUAGGUGCUAUGCUGCUACGGCUUUUGUCUGGAAACGGAUUGAACGUCGACGCGACCAAUAAGCAUUUUGGAAUGGUGAGUUAUGCUGGUCCGACAUUGUGCCAAGCUUUGCAAGAUUUUCUGGUGCGGUUGCAAAUGCGCUGCGACGUCAUAACGCCAAAAAGUGUGCUGGGAAAUCUGUUAAAGGAACUAUUACUCUGGGUUGUCUAUCAAUUGGUCCAACCUGGAGGUGCCCUGGUAGCUCGACGUGGCCCACUAGACGCUCAAUGCAAACUCAUCACUUCACUGUUGAACCUAAAUUUCACAAACACCGAUUUGGGCACUGCCAUGAGCAUAUCGGAAUGCGUGGGUGAAAUUGUGUCGACCUAUGUUAGAGGAGCAGGAGUUGGAGCACAAUGUGGCGGCACAACCGACGCCGCAAGCCAAUCCAUCGGUUUUAGUGGGUUGUAUGCUUGUGUUCUCGGUGGAGACGCGAGACAGGGACGACCUGCGUCUUGGGAUGCUCUGGUUGUCGCUCUUAUCAAACUCGUCAGUAGACUUGUGCAAACACCCUUGCCACAAAUACAAUCAGGACGAGGUGAUAGCACAUCUGAUAUGGAACUCGGAGAGUCUUCUCAAGGUGCUGGUUCGAGUCAAAUGGACCGCCAGGAAAAAAUAAGUACAUCUUUGACUGAUGAGACUAAAGCGGAACAGCAAACGUCGACUAGGUCGCAUCAAUCGUCGAAACCCCGAGUACCGUGCGUUGCUGAUACUGUUUUACAACACGAACCUACGAUGAUGCGAUUGCUGAGCACACUUGGUCAUAGCUCUGGGUCACCUUUGUCAAUGCUCCUAAGUGAAGGAUCGAGUUCAAACACUACCUCAGAAUUGUCGACGUCGCCAUCCAUACCAGACGCUACUUUCCAACUGCUAAGCACCAUGAUGAAGAAAGCGAGCAAUCCUUCUCUCGUCUUAAAUCCAGUGUAUCAAUACCUUGCCUCGUCAUGUGGCCAAGGAAUUUCCGAUCGGCACAUAGAGACGAUGCAACUGUCGGAACCAUUACUCUGGUUUAUCCUACGUGUUCUUGACAGCGUCGCCUCGAUCACGAUAUUCACGACAAUGGGUGGCGUGAAAGUUUUGUGCGAGAACCUCGUGAAAUCCAGCAAGAAUUGCAACAGCAACAACUCCAACUCUCCUGGAGUGAUCGCACUCAUAAUGCAGCACUUGUCGAACGCGACGAACCUAACGCCCGUCGCGAGUGGUAGUGGCACUAGUAGCAGCAGCAAGAAAGCCUCGAAUACUCUCGAGUUGUUUGAGGAUGGUCUCAUUAAUUUUGCACCUCUUGGGACGGUCUCGUGGCUACAUCCUACCGCCCAACCCGCGGACGUUUUGAUACAAAGCGCUACACCGCACAAAAGGGCGAGAAAUCCUGCUUGGUCGUACCACUUCUACCCCGAAGAGGCUUGGGUGGAUCUGACGAUUACGCUGCCGUGUGCGGUACUCCUGAAGGAAAUCGAACUCCAGCCUCAUUUGACGACGCUAUCGACCUGCCCGUCAGCCGUAGCUCUGGAAAUAUCGCGCGAGGGAAACACUGCCUUAACUCCAAUUUGCCCACCAAUGCCCACAGCCGGCCUUACCUUUAUUCGUCUGACACUCUCUAAGCCCGAAGUUGCAACUGCCGUUCUCAUAAGACUGUACAAGCCACGGGACUCUACAAACAUAAGUCUCAGUCAAAUUCGCUUGCUCGGCACUACCGCUUUUGGCGAUCCCAAAUCAAACCAUGACGUCAUAGACGAGGAACAACUGAGUAAGACUAGCUUGGGAUGGUUGCGGCUAGUCCACCAGUGCUUGUGCAUCAGCACACACCAAAAUUUGUUGAACAUCGAAGUCCUGAACUCGGCAGCCUCGGUCGGAGGCCUCGUUGAGUCCUGUUGUAAUCUGUUGCUACUUCCCACCCCUUCGUUGUUUACGCCAUACUUGGAAGGAGUGCUGCUUCAGCUUGGCUUGCACUCGUGCGACCUCGGUCUCCGAUUGAUUGGCCUCCUGCUCAACAAUCCGACCGUACCUCUUCUGCAACCUUCGGUGAUGAGCCAUGAGAUGACGACCGUUCAAAUGGUCGUUGAAUUGCUGGAGCAGCUCUGCUCCGCUCAGGACGUUAAUACCAAAGCUCGCAUGUCCGCUGUCUUGAGUUGGCUCUAUGCUGUCGCAAGGAUGUCUGUGUCCGGUAAUACGGAUAACCUGUUGGGUGGCUUGAACACGGCGAAUCCACCAGCUGUGUACAUUCACUGUAUUUCGACGAUCAUUUGGAAAGCAACCAAACAGCAAAAUUUGAACUACGAUUUGAAAGAACUCCUUUCGGAAGAUUUGUUCGAUGCGCUGUAUCAAUGGACAUUGGCCCUGAAAACACAUUCAGCCCUCAAAGAAGCAAUAGACGCGGCCCUGUGUUCCUUCUGCUUCGUCAAGCCAUCUUUUUUCCAGCUACUCCUUGAAAAAGUUCAAAUUUUCGUACCCACUUUGGCGAGCGAUCAGUCGGCAGCUUCGAUUUCGGAUGACCGAAAGGAGAGCGCAGGCCAAACCGAUGACGGCAAGAGCGCGUCCGAAUUCAACGAUUGGUACGCCCGUCUUGCUCAGUCGGAAUUCAGACGUCUCUCAUUGACGGAAGGCCAGCUGCUCACGGUGGCGGCUGUGUCGCGCUCGCCUCCGGGUAUCUGUCAACUUAUCAAUUCGGGUCUGCCCACGUUAUUGUCAGCUUCGAUCGUCGAGUUUGCCAUUUUGGAGAGAUCAAAACAGACCCACGAUUAUCAGAGACAAAAUGAAAAGGGAUCGCCCAUCGAUGACACAAGAACCGCCGGGUGUUCAGAUAGCGGGGCAGGAAGCAGCAGCAGUGAUUUAACAGAUAGCGACAAGGCUGGUGAGAGCUCGGAACAAAAUGUUAAAAAGGAAGGUUUGAAUAUGACUGAACCGGAGAGCGUAGCGGUAGUAUUGGAAUUCUUGUCGCUCAUCUGUUCGGAGGGUAAAAUGCGAGAUUGGAUAGGUAAAGACGGUCAUGGAUUCUGGUUGCCUUUGCUCUCCUUGCUGAGCAACAGACCGAUCGAAAGCCCAUCUGUUACUUCAUUAAAGUGUUCGAAGGUUCACACAACGUAUUCGAAAUUAGAAAGUGCCAUGAUUAAGUUUUUGUCCAAGUGUUGCUGGUGCCAUCCAGAUAACCAAAAAUUACUGGCUGAACUUGUCACUGACGUUAUUUUACAACAAAAAACACCAGCAGGGCCACGAGGAAUUCAUGGAAUAUCAGGUUUCACCAGAAGACUGAUUCUCCAACUUUUGUUGGAAGGCGAAAAAAUGCUGAUAUCCGUAACUUCGGAAACAGCUUUGAAACUUUCGUCUGCUGGCACUAGUAAUUUACCAGUCAUGCCACCACAUCCGGCAUUUCCUCUUGGUCACUAUCAUCAUUUGCUGUACAUGUCUACCCAGACUACAGUGGCUGAUAUUCUGCAACAAGUGUCUGCAGGUACGUGCGGCAUCAGUGGCAGCACUUUGACAAACAGCAGUCUCAUGGGUGCCCUCAACCGCGAGAUCUGGGAGUCUGGAGUCGGUGUGAUGCUAGACUCGUUGAGUGUCGCAGCUGGCAAGACCGCCAAGGACAAGAGAGCUAAGGACGCCUCAAACAGGUCCCAGGUUCGAGGUCCCAUUCUGCGAAAAUCGCGCAGCACUGCAGAUGGAACUCUUUCACAAAGCAAGAGUUCGAACAGUAACUCGCAAGGUGGCGUCAACAGCACAGUCAACCAAUAUUAUUUGAUCGUGUCAUCUCGUCCCAAUACUCCACUGGCACCAGAACUCACCAUAGCUCAAUUACUUUCGAUGUUGGAGGAAAGUGGGGUUUCUCUGUCGGAACCGUGCUUAUACCUCACUCUGCGACACCGAAGCAAAGAUUCUAAAGAAGUGACAAAAUCCAGCAAUCGAAACAUGCUUGCUGUGCGGCCCAGUAUAAAUAGUACAUUAGAAGUAUUCAGCGCGAAAGGAGGAUUAGCUGUUCUAGCUAAGCAUUUACCCCUGGUGUAUCCGGAUUCUAGUAGACCUGUUCCAGUCGUCGAAAAGUCCCCUACCCAGGAACAGUCGGACACUGACUGGGUGAAGAUUGAACACAACGACAGUGUUUACGAGGAUCUCGAGGAGUGUACGCACAUUGGAUCCUCGAGAACCAUUCCACCCACACCUACGCCUCAAGUACCGCCUCACGCUUUAGCCGCGUUCGGUCUCUUCUUACGGCUGCCCGGUUACUCGGAAGUGUUACUACGAGAUCGCAAGCGCGCUCAGUGCCUCUUGAGGCUAGCUCUCGGUGUCACCGACGACGGCGAGGGAGGAGACAUUCUGACCUCGACUUUGGCAGCAUCGCUGCCCACACUACCGUUCCAAGUACUGAAACAACUUCUCGAUGACACGCCACCAACGACAGACGACGGGCUUCUCCUGCGUCGCACCUCGAUCGAGGUUGGGGCUGUACUUUUGCUGCUGAACUGUUUGGCCAUUUUUACCCAUCAAACUGGACCCAACGAAGGAACAAACCAACGCGGAGGUCAGAGUAACAAUCGCAACGACGAUAAAUCGCAACUUUACUGGGCCAAGGGCACAGGUUUCGGCACCGGCUCCACUCAACAGUCCUGGAACGUCGAGCAGGCUUUGAUGCGCCAGCGCUCAGAAGAGGAGCACGUGACCGUGCUGCUGCAGGUGCUCGCCAGCUACAUCGGCAUCGACGACGUUCCACAGAAGGAACUGCCUGCCAUCUUUGCCGACUUGCUAUCUCGAUCGUGCCUACUGCCCGCGCUAUCCUCGUACUUGCGCAACGACUCGGUCCUCGACAUGGCCCGACACAUCCCGCUCUAUCGCGCUGUUCUGCAGCUUCUACGUGCCAUGGCCAAUUCGGUCCAGCUGGCGCCGCUGUUACUACCCAAGAACGACAAUUCUGGCGAUUCCUCGAUCGUCUCCCUGCUGUCAAGCAUGAAGGUCUGCGUUGACACCUACGUCCACAAGAUCAAUCGCACCAAGAGCAGCAAGUCCAAGGCAAGCAGUAGCUCUGUCAAGUAUCCCGAAGACAGUGAUCAAGAUGAAGGACUUGCCACGCUCAUACCGGACAUUCAGGAGAGUGCAACGAUCGUGAGUAGUGCAACUGCCAGGCUAGUCGACGCGAGUGAAGAAGUAGCGGGUGCUAGUCCGUCUGGGCCUGAAUUAUCCUUGAAAACCAUCGAGCAGCGCUACCUCGAAGUCAUGAAAAGACUGCAAUUUGAUACGUUCGAGAUGAUAACGGAAUGUCCCGAGGGUGGCUUUAAAUUCGCCGUGUCCUACCACUUCGAGUCCAACAUGCGACACGCGGGAGAGCGUAAUCACCCGACCCGAGUCAAACGACUGGCUCAAGAAGCUGUAACUCUGUCGACGGCGUUACCGCUCUCGUACAGCAGCAGCGUGUUCGUACGCUGCGAUUCCGACCGCCUCGACAUAAUGAAGGUCCUGAUUACCGGACCAGCUGACACGCCUUACGCCAACGGUUGCUUCGAAUUCGACGUCUACUUUCCCUCGGACUACCCCAAUAACCCGAUGAUGAUUAACUUGGAGACAACGGGCAGACGCUCGGUUCGCUUCAAUCCAAACCUAUACAACGAUGGUAAAGUCUGCCUCAGUGUUCUCAACACUUGGCACGGCAGGCCCGAGGAGAAGUGGAAUGCGCACACCAGUAGUUUUCUCCAGGUUUUAGUGUCCAUACAGUCGCUGAUAUUGGUAUCGGAGCCGUAUUUCAACGAACCAGGCUACGAACGCUCACGAGGAACGUCUAGUGGAGCACAGUCUAGUCAAGAGUACAAUGCCAAUGUUUGUCAAGCCACGGCGAAAUGGGCGAUGCUAGAUCAGAUCAAAAGUCCAUGCCCGUGUUUCAAAGAGGUUAUCAAGACUCAUUUCUGGCUAAAGAGACACGAAAUCGUGGCUCAAGUAGAAGGCUGGAUCAGGGAUAUGGAGAUGCAAGGAGCAGACAGGCGGUCGGCUAGGUCCAUAUCACUAAGCGCUAUAGCCUUAAGGAUGCAUUACAGACAACUGAGAGAAGAAUUGUCAAAACUGCCAACACCGGAGGGCCUGGAGGACCUUGCCGAGCCGUUGCGCCCGCCAAGCGCGUUCCUAGAAGUGUCAGGUAGCCCCGGAACACCAAGCACACCGCCUACUUCGACGCACGCUGUUGUCGCUACCACGACUUUUGCCAAUUCCACGCUACCAAGCAGCAAUAAUCCCGCGGAGACGAGCAAUCAUGUACAUCACGACAUCGACACGGACGUCGAGAUGGAGAAGAUGGUUUCAAAAGUGUGCGAAUGAGGAGAGCUGGCUGCAAACAAAUUGUUGGACGUGUUUUAAAGUUUAUCGUGUGUUAUUGUGAAUAAAACAUAAAAAAGAGAAAAAAGGCACCGUGACCGUUGUGCUGACAGUGGAUGAUUGUGUAUCAUAUAGUAAGUAACAAACUACAAACUGAUGAUAAUAAUUAUUAAGUAUAAUAACAGCGGUAACAAUGACAUUGGAUACAAGAGAGAGAAAAAAAAUAACAAACAAACAAACGGAAAACAAAAUCGGAACCGCGCCCUUUGGUUGUGUGCAAACAGGUAAAAGUGACAAAGCAAAUGUAUAUCUUCCGAAUACUGUAUUCGGUUCUCUUAAUUGAUAAGUAACAGUUGAUUUAUCGUUUGUAAAGAGAAUCCGCGGCUUAAUAAAGAUGCGUGCUAUCAUAUUGUGAUUGGCAUACUGUAAAAGCACACGGAGCUAAAGUUAAUUAUAACUACCAUAAUAUAAGUAAAGUGAUGAGAGUUGAUUUAACAUAAACGAAAAGCGUUGACGGGAAUCAUUUAUAGCGCGCGCAUAUUGAGGCUGCUAUUGAUAUACAUGUGCACUGCGUUCGUUCAGCUAUUGAGUGUAAUUGAAUAGGUCCGUUACCUUUGCUAUUUAUAUUUAUCUAUAGAUGUUCCUCGUUUUAAAACCGACUACGUUUUUUUAAAAAUAUACAUAUAUGUAUAUAUUAAAUAUGCAUAUACUGCAUCGGCGAGGCAAUAUACAUACAUAUAAUAUAUAAAUCACGACGGCAAGAUUUCAAAGUUAAUUGUCUCUCCUUUGCAAGGAAUCUGACAAUUUGAUGAAUCUUGCAACUGUACAGAUACAGUAGUUCAAAAGUCGGCCGCUUUGCUUUUAUAAGUUUAUGUUUUUUUUCGUAAAUUGCAUUCUUUGUUCGAAGUUAAAAAAAGGGGAGAAAAAAAAGUUGAUAAAAAAAGAACUGUGCUGUCUGGUAACGGUUCUUAACGUUUUAAGCAUAAGACGUUCGAAAGUUAAAACUUCAUAUUUUAAUUAUAUCCUGUUAGAAUUCAUUAAACAAAAAAAAAAAAAAAAACACGAUGUUGUGGUGUUUCAGAAUUCUGUCAUUAUCGAAUAACAUAAUAUAUUUCGCAGUUUCUUUUUUCUUUCACUUUUACAUUUUAGUUGCAUAAAAAAAUUUAUUCACUUUUUAUUAUUCAUACCUGUCUUCUCUCUACAAAACGUUGACUUUGAUACUUGAAAGAAUAUUGGAAAAGAGAGUGUUUGAUGUAGAUAGUGUUAUGUUCAUAUGAGAAGCGAUAUUGUGAUCAAAAGCGAUCGCGGUGGCAAACGUUAUUGGUAAACCGAUUAAUGUACAUAAUAUCUUCAUUAAGUAAUCUUGCACACACAAACACACACGUCUAUAUGUUUAUAAUUCCAAUAAAGAAAAAAAAAGUAUCGGAGUGCUUGGUGGAGUGUAUGGCUUAAAAA